AUGGGCUUCGACGAGCAGCGCGCGCGCUUCGCGCUCGCGGCGACGGGCGCGCGCGAGGCUCAGACGGCCGACGCGGCGGUGCAGUGGCUGCUGGCGCGCCAGGGCGAGGAGCUCACGCCGGACCUGCUCCGGAAGCGGCCGCGCGCGCGCGCGGACUCGGCGGGCUCCCUCGGCGACCGGCCCAUGGUGCCCAAGCUGUUGGAGACGCGGCGGACGACGACGUACCCGGCGUGCUGCGUCGCCUGCCCCGAGCCCGCCGUGGCCCGCGCGCACGCGGACCGCGUCGCCGAGCGCGCGCGCACGUCCGCGCGGUCCGCCGCCGACGACCUCACGAAGCUCGAAUCGCUGCUCAAGACGUCCAAGGGCGGGCCCGCGGCGAUGCAGGAGGCGCGCGAGCUCAAGGCGAACGUCGACGACGCCAAGCUCACGAUGGCGAUCCCGAAGUUGGUCUUGCUCCUCCUCGGUUCCGUGAUGGCCGAGGAAUGCGACAUGUCCUGCAAGGGGUGCUCGACGAACAUCGUCAAGGUCGAGGCCUUGCCCUGCGACGCGAGCGACGCUGCGCAGCAAGGCUGGGCGUUCGGGGCUGCCGACGCCGAGGGCCUGCGCACGAUCACGCGUGGCGGGCUCUGCCUUUCCUGGAAUCCGAACCACAAGGGCGUGGAGCUCCGCGAGUGCUACGCCGCCAACGGCGACAGCUGGACCAACGCGACGGUCCGCGACUGCCAGCACUUCGCCGUCGACGAAGCCGGCGGCGCGAUCACGGCGCCGCGCUGCGCGAACAACGAGGGCAAUUUCGGCGGCUGCCUCGACGUCCACGGCAAGGUCGGCCCCGGCGUCCAACUGACGCGCUGCUACGGCGCGCCCAACGACAACUUCACGCUCGCCGCCGGCGCGGUCGCGUCCCGGGAGGUCCUCCCGACGUACCCGGGCCGCUGCUUCGCGGCGCGGGCGUCCGCCUGCACCUUCGCGGAGUGCUGCGACACCUGCGCCGCGGGUUUCGCGUUCGACGAGUACGGCUUCUGCCGCGAGCCGGCCCUCCGCCCCAAAAAGGUCCUCGAGUACUACCACCGCCGCAAGGGCGACGCCGCCGAGGGCGACUGGGUCCGCGCGGACGGCGGCGCCGUGUCGCUCGAGAUCGAGGUCCCGGGCACGCACGUCUUCGCCGCGCGCUGCGUCGACGCCGAGACGAGCGACGCGGUCACGGAGACGACGACGGCCGUCUUCGAGCACAGCCUGCCCGAGGUCGUCAAGCACGCGGCCCACGACCGCGCCCUCGAGCUGCGGGUCGCGCCGCCGGCGGCCGGCGCGGCCUGCGGCCUCUGCGGCGUCGGGUUGGCGGAGACGUCCUACGCGGACGCGGACGCGGGCUACGCGCUCUGCCCGGACUGCGCGCUGCCGGCGCCGCGCGCCGCGUCGCUCGCGCCCGCGGACCGCUGCUCCGUGUGCCCGCCGGAGCCGGCGCCCGGCGGCGGCCGCGCGUCGGUCCUCGACCGGCCGUCGGUCGCGCCCGCCGACCGGCGCCGGUCGUCCGUGGCGCUCAACGUCGGCGCGAAGCGCCUCUGGCUCUCCGAGGACGUCCAGUUCGCGGGCAACGCCACGGAGAUCAAGCCCGAGUCCCUCGAGCUCAUCGACCAGCUCGCGGCCGUGCUCACGUCCCACGAGAACGUCGACGGCCUCGUGCUCCAGGGCCACACGAACUCCAAGUGCGGCCUCGACUGCGACGGCACCACGGUCUGCGCCAACGACACGUGCCAGCGCACCUUCGGCGCCUCGGGCGGCGCCGUGGCCUUCUCGCUCUCGCGCGCGGCGGCGGUCAAGGCCGCGCUCGUCGCCCGCGGCGUCGACGCGGGCCGCAUCGACUGCGAGGGCAUGGCGGGCUCGCGCCGCUGCGUCGACGACACGGAGUCCGCGGACAACUACCUCAACCGCCGCGUCGAGAUCCACCUCGACGACCUCUGA